AUGCCUGGCUCUGUGGAUGCGGCGUGGCUGAGCUAUGAAGGAGGAAGGUCGCACACAGCUACGGAUCUGCUCGAUUGUCGCGAGUGGCCCCAUCUUCGGCUGUUGGGAUUACUGGUGCAUCGCAGACUGGCGCCGCGUGCAAUGCUUGCUGUGAGCAUCGCUUAUGGGUCCACCGUCGACAUCUGGCAGGGUAGCGCUGCGGAUUGGGUGAUCACAGGCAUGCGCCAAGCUUGUGAACAUCACGGCUACGGAAUUGGAGGAGCAUCUGUGAUCAAGUACCAGGCGAAUGCGCCGCGACUUGUCGUAAUGGUACGUUUGCAAGAGAAGAGCGUGUCGGAACCAGUACGGGGAUUGAGUGGUUCGAUAGCCGAAGAAGCUGCCAGUGUUCGCUCAAAAGGGUGGGAGUAUUGGCAUGUAUGGGAGGUGGACCGCCCGAAGAUGCCCACGGCCGAUUCUGGGCGCCUUUUCCUGGUAGUCCAGCGCAUUUCCGCAGCCCUCCGCAGGAUGAACGCGCGAUCGGUGUUUCUGCAUGAGCCCGGAUUUUUCAUCGUGCUGCCUGCCCUUCUCGACAUGGCGCUCCAGGUCACCUGCUGUGCGGCCCGUGACCUGGUUUUGUCCUCGGAGAUCGCGCGCCGCGGGCUCAAGCUCUGUGCGCAGUGCGGUCUGGAUUUGUCCGAGAGCGAGCACUGUAGGGCGCCCGAAGAUGCCGAUGCCUUGCUGCUUCUCGACAGGUGCGGCCCUGCCGCGUGGCAGCGCAGGUGGGCAGCCCUGUCCCGCGAGUGGCUCCGCGCCCCAGCAAGAGCGGGCGGCCUCGUUGCGCUUAUGUUCGAGGGCUCCGACGCCUCUGCGCUGGCAGCCGUCACUGCGGGGCUUCUUGAUGGCGUUGUGUCGGCACGGGUGGCUGCAACGGCGACCUUCGUGCACUCAUCGCGCCGAUGGGCUUUUGCAAUCAUCCACGUCGGAGAUGAUAGAAUCGAGGACGCUUUGCUCCCCCCUGCGCAUUAG